UCAGUUUGGUCAACAAAACGUCACUUCCGGUUGCUCAGGCGGGCUGGUUGAAGACAGGACUUCACGUCGAUGUGGCGGCUAAAUCAACGUUAAAGUGCUUGUUAACUGAAUAAAAAGUAAUUAUAUCAUUUCGCAAGCAAUGGACCGACCGACAAGGAAAACAAAGGUUGUAAAUUACUCUGAAGCCAAGGACUUUGAUGAUGAUGAAGACUUUGCCUGUGUGAAGGCACCAGCCAGCAAAAAGGCCAGGGAGGAAGUCAAGCAUGAACAAAAGAAACCAUCAAGCAAGUCCUCCAGUCUGGAGACCAACUCACAACCCACUCAGAGCCAGAAGAACAGAAGGCCGCUGGAUGAAAAGUUGUAUGAAAGAGACCUGGAAGCAGCCAUUACACUUUCCUUGCUCAACAAUGCAGAUGGAAUAAAGGACCAGUCUCCCCGUAAAGGAGAUGCCAAAGUUCAACUCCCAGUAGAUGAAAACACAGAUCCAGCUUCUUUGCACCUGUCCAACUGCAGUGUGGAUGGAGCAGUUAUUGGCCUCGAUAAAAUCACAUCAGACAAAGGGUCACCUGCUCCAUCCAAGCAGAGAAAGGCUUCCUCUAAAGGAUCCGAGGAGCGGAGAAAGAAAGAUGAAGAUGAGGAUGAGGACUAUCAACCCAAACUGACACCAGAUUCAGAAAGUGAUGACGAUUUCAGUGAACCGGCUGAGAGCGACGACGAAGAGUUUAGAGUGAAGAAAGUCAGUAAGACUAAAAAGAAGGAGAAAGAAACCAAGAAUGAUAAAACCAAACCCACUUCUGCUUCUAAAAAGGAAAAACAACCGUCAAAACCAUCAAAGUCUAAAUCACAGGCAGCAGCAGCUUCCGCCCCUAUCAGAAGUCCUCCAGCAGCCAAAGUUGCACCUAAAAGACCUGCUUCAUCCUCCUCAGUCUCCACAUCGAAGCCUGCAGUCUCCCUGAGCCCAGCAGGGGGCAGAAUACCCAAGUGGAACCCACCAGCUCAAACUGGUAAAAGUCCCACGACAUCUAAGAAUCCAGCAGCGAAGUCUCCAGGUCAGGGUCUGAGACUCGGACUGUCUCGUCUUGUUCGAGUCAAACCUCUUCACCCCAGUGUUGCGAGUCACUGACUGAACGGAUCAUCUGUCAGCAAAGGCUAGAUCUUGUCAUCCUCUUAUUUUAUUUUUAAGCAGAUGCUUGUAAAUACCGGUAUUCACUUCUCUUUAUCCUAAUUUGUCAUAACAAACAUGAUGCUUUCAGCUUUGGUCUCACCUUGGAUUGUUGGUUCUCCUAGUUAGAUUAAAAGCUCUAGGAGCAGCUGUAGGGUGUUUCCUUUGUUCACUCUGGAGACUGAACUCAUAGAUUCAUGUCUUGUGUCACUGCAGUCAUUCUUUUGUACUCAGUGUGAGUUCAAAGCUCAGAUUCUGGAUAAACUCAUAGGUGGAAAAGUGUUAAUCGUCUGUUAUAUUUAGUUUUAAGAUAUCAACUUAAUACCAGUCAAAAUAAUAUUUUUUUUCAUUUUACUCUUUGUGUGCAAACUUUGUAUAUUGUGUAUAUAAAAUAAAAUAGUAAAAGUAGCUUCA